AACGCAAAAUUAGCGAAUUCUGAGGCUGCUUGUCUUCACAAUGCUAUACAAAAUAAGGCUUUUAGUGAUGAAGAAGUUAUCAGAAUCAUAACCACAAGGAGCAAACUCCAAAUCCAAGCAACUCUCAACAAGUAUAAAGAUGAUUAUUCCUCAUCAAUCACUAAGAACUUGAAGGUUGAGCCCUCUAGUGAUUAUGUAGUGGCUUUGCACACAACUAUUCGUUGCAUAACCGACCAUCAGAAGUAUUAUGAGAAGGUGAUUCGUGAGGCUCUAAGAAUGGCGGGGACGGACGAAGAUUCGGUGACACGAGUGAUCGUGUCGCGAGCGGAGAAGGACUUGGAAGGGAUAAAGGAGGUUUACCUAAAGAGGAACAGCCACAGCCUUGAACAGGCAAUCACCAAGGAAACUUCUGGACAUUACAAGGCCUUUCUCCUCACUUUGCUCGGCAAACAAGAUUGAUCAUUUUUGAAUUUUCUGUUUCUUCUCUCUUUGUUGUUUUUGGCCUCAAACGACUCUCAAACUCUUAUGCGUGUUUAAUUAUGUAUUGGGUUGUACGUUGAAUGACUUGCUGUUGUGUUUGUUA